GCCGCGAAGCCCUGCCUGCCUGCUUUCUUGCCUGCCGGGCGGUCCUGGCGGUGCCGCUCGGUAGGGUCUGCGGGAGGGCCCAGCCAUCGCCGUCAGCGCCAUGAAGGAAUGCGAAUACCGGCAGAUUCCGCCGGGCACCCCGGCCGCCCCGCCCUCCUCGGCGGAGCCCCCCGGGGCGGUCUCGGUUGCGGUCGCCGCCGCCAACGCCGCGACCCCGGCCGGUCGCCAGCGCCGCAAAUGGGAGGUCUUCCCCGGGCGCAACCGCUUCUACUGCGGCGGCCGCCUCAUGCUGGCCCGGCACAGCGGCGUCUUCCUCCUCACGCUCGGCCUCAUCGUGGUCACCAGCGGCCUCUUCUUCGCCUUCGACUGUCCCUUCCUGGCUCGUAACUUGACCCUGGCGAUUCCCAUCAUCGCUGCCAUCCUGUUCUUUUUUGUCAUCAGCUGUUUACUGCAGACCAGCUUCAGGGACCCUGGUAUCCUGCCCAGAGCCACCCCCAGUGAAGCUGCAGACCUGGAGAAAUGGAUUGACAACCUGGGCACCUCUACUUAUCGACCCCCAGCCCGCACCAUGGAAGUUGUUAUAAACAAAUACAUGGUAAAGUUGAAAUACUGCUACACUUGCAAAAUGUUUCGUCCUCCCAGGACCUCCCACUGCAGUGUCUGUGACAACUGUGUAGAGCGGUUUGAUCACCAUUGCCCUUGGGUGGGUAACUGCGUGGGGAAGCGCAACUAUCGAUACUUCUAUGCCUUCAUCCUCUCUCUCUCCUUCCUGACAGCAUUCAUCUUUGCAUGUGUCAUCACCCAUCUCACUCUACGUUCCCAGGGAAGUGACUUCAUCACUGCUUUGAAGGCAACACCAGCAAGUAUAUUGGAACUGGUGAUCUGCUUUUUCUCAGUCUGGUCUAUUUUUGGCCUCUCAGGGUUUCACACUUACUUAGUUGCCUCCAACUUGACAACCAAUGAAGAUCUCAAAGGGGCAUGGUCCAGUAAGGGAAGCUCUGAAUUUGCCAAUCCCUACAGCCAUAAAAGCAUCCUCACCAACUGCUGUGCAGUGCUCUGCGGACCGUUCUAUCCCAGCUUAAUAGACAGAAGAGGAUUUAUCGAGGCAGAUGCUGGGACCCCGUCUACUCCUAAGAGCGAAAUCCCUUCCUUUGGAACAAAAUCUGAUGCCAGCAUGGUAUGAUCCAUCCCUUAGCAGUGGUGCCACAUAGUCCUGUGCCUGUGCCUACUUCCAGCUGGUGCCUCUCUUCCAUUUACAUUUCUUGAGUCCCACGCAAGGCAGCUUUGUGGGGUGGAGCUUCCAGCACCCCUUCUCAAACCAUACGCCAUCAUUUCUUGCAUUUAUAUAUAUAUAUAUUUGUAAUUUGGUUUGGAUUUUUAAUACAGUGGGACUUACCUGGACAUUGUGGACUGCUGCAGUUAAGCCUCUAAACGGACAUUGCUGGCACAUAUAGGGAAAGGGGUUGGUGCUGUUCUGAGCAGAGAGCACCGUGGGUUGGGCGAAGCCAGCUUCUUGAGAACCGUCCAUUCUCUGAAAGCCUGCUCCAGUAACUUGCAGAGCUGUGUUCUCAGAUUGGAUGAGUGGGACAUAGUCAUUUGCAUGUGGAGCUGGUGUCGGGGAGUAGGGGAGCAAUGGUACCACCUCCUGAACUGCACUUCAGGUCAAUUUUUAUAAUUUCUCAUACAUGGAGGUGGCCGUCCUAAAGCUAGUCUGUUGUUCUGCGUAAGCACUGCGAAGAACACUUGGUGCUUGGUUGUUUGAGUUGUAAAGAAGAGUGAGGCCCUCUUUAAGGAUGUGGCACUCCCUCCCGUAGCAGCAAGGGCGGCUUGCAGCUCUCCUGUCUCCCACUAGUGGAGGGAAGAAAACUGCCAAGAGGAUUCCUAAGAAUGAUCAUGUGAAGAGAAGCAGGUCUGCUGCAGAUCAUGUUUGCUCACUGUGAGGAUUGAUCCAGAGUAGGCCUUGUUUGUUUCAGAUCAGUCAGGGCUCUGGCAACAGAGGGAACACAGCUGGGUGAGGUUAUCCGGUUAAUCAUUAGAAGAAAACUAAGCAAAGCAAUUUAUAAUUCUUAAAUGAUGUGGAUGGGAGAUCAUUACCUUGUGCAUACAGAUAGCCAAGAGACCACCUUUUGUAGGGGAGGAGAGCUGUUGACCAAAGGGUUUAUUUGAGGAGGAAUCUAGGAAACACCCCUCCUGACGCAGAUAGGCCAUCCGGAAAUGAAUGUAUCUUCUCUAGGAAGUGGAGCCUGUGACCUGGCUUCAUCAAGUAUUGCCUGAAGAGGUAGGGGUCCUCUUUCUUACCACUGAAAUGCCUCUUGCUGUGCCUCCCAUCCUGUUGUGUGAGCCCUUAUGUAUAGUGGAAGGUUGUUAAGAAAUACUUGAAAUGUGUUUAUUAAAGCUGCUGGAUAUUUUUGCACAUAUUUUGUAGACUUUUCUAAGAAUUUUUUAAAAAUAUGUUGUUGUAGAUAAAUAGAUUUCUUAAGGGAUAAUUUUUUUAUACACAGCAUUGUAUAUACACAGCAUUGGAAUUUAUGUAUCAAAUAAUUGCAUGCACAGAGAUCAGUAAGCCAGCAUUCUCUGGCCUUUGGCAGCUCUUAGGGAAAGAUGAGAAUCUCCUGGAGCAAGCAUGGGGCAAGCAUCUCCUUUGCUGUGUCCUUCUUAGCCAGAAGAAACAGGGUUUGUAGGCAGACAGGAUAGGACCUUGAUCUUAGUAGGACAGAUCAAACAGAUGUGCAGGUAAUUCUCUGCCCGGAGCAUCAGAAAGGUCUGAGUUAGUGGGCUACUUAAAAAACGAGAACAAAACCUCGGUUGUUAAGGUCAUAUUGCAGGAAGCUGAUUUUCCUUCUCUCUCUUUGCUGCUGUGCUUCUGGCCAGUCAAUAUAUUCAUCAUCAGCUUUUAGUAGCUCCACCUCCUUCACUCAGAUAUUCUUAGAUAAGUCAUUGGUAGAGCCAGCCAUGGAGUAAGGAGCAGCUGCAUUCUCAGCCCCAUUGAAAGGGGGUCAUCACAGUUCCCUGCUUCUGUUUUGGGAAGCAUCAACUGAUCUGUGGGUUUUCCCCAUGCCUAAGGGACUGCAAGUGAUGUUAAUGGAGGGACUGAAUCUGAAACCUAUGUUGAACCUAUUCCCUGAGCUGCUCCUGCAGGAGAUCAAAGGCUCAUAUCUACCAUGUCAUUUCAUGAUCAUAAUUUUAUUUGGUUUUAAAAUUUGUGUUGUUAUUAUUAGUGUUUCCAGGGUGCUCUGUCUGUUUGCUUCACAAAUCAGGAUUGUUAAAUUGAGGCUGGAAAAGGGAGAUUCAUUCACCCCUUUUCUACUUAAAUUUGUAUGAGCAACCGGCAGUAGCUGAGGAUUUUGAUGAGGUCUCAAGAUUGGCACAGCACAGAAUACAGUCGCUUUUAGCAGUCAGACUUUGUGGCUGGAACACAUUAAUACUCAGCCAUGUUUGUAAUGCAGAAGUUUUGUGUUUUGUCCCGAUUGGCAGAAUUUGUCUUAUUUGUAGAACAGUAGGUUUGGGUAAUAAAGUUUUUUAUUAAAAAAAUCAACCAGUCCCAUUUUUCAGAGAGACCUCCGUGUAUCGCUCAUUGAUGUGAGUGAAUCUGCUGGUCUUAAGUUUCAUGAUCUGCAAGACACGCCCCUCCCCCCCAUGCCAUGGGAUAACACUGGUGCAAAGGCAGCCCUGGUAUGUGUGGGACAGGUGCUUGUAUUCUAUGCCUCUUAAGCACGUUCCAAGACUGAAGGUGGAGGAAGGAUGUCCCUCCAUGAUGGGCUCAGGCUGAGACUGCAAGAACCCUUUCCCCUUAAAAGGUGCAGAAGCCGUGGUGGCUCAAUUCUGGCAUCCCACCUGGUGAGCUUGAACUCAUUACCAAGCUGGCAGUUUGAUCAAGCGGAGUGGGAAACCAUUUUAAGCUUUUGUGCUCUAGCAGCCGUGUGGCACUUCAGUAAUCUUCCUUGUAGAACAAAGAAUCUUCCCCCUUCUGCUACUGUUUUCACAUUUCAUGACCAGCUGUUGUUUCCAGAACAUCCCUUUUAAUCAUUUCAUUAAUGAUGGUGCCUUUCCAAAGGUAGCCUUGCCAGAAAAAUGGUUUUGCCUGUGUGAUGGGCCAGUUAAGCCUCUGUGGCUGUUGGAACUACCUGCUGAAAAGAACACAGUUUUACUGUCAGAUGGGCACUCAGUUUCAUUUGAAGUGGGGGACAUAAUACUCUUCUCCCCCCAAUACAAUUUUCCAGGAGCAAUCAGGAAGUCCGGGGGCGGGGGAGGGGGAGAGUUCCUGGAGACUAAGCUACUAGUAAUUCUAUUCCAGAUCACCUUAUUUCCUAUGGAUUAGAUUAGACUUGUAUGCUUACUGGAGAAGAAAGUGGCUCUUGUGAGAGUACUUGGGGCCAUCCCCCAGUGCAUCAACGUGUUAUUCAUAAAGCUUGGGUGGGGAGGGGGUAGGGAGGGGGGUAGUAUGAAAGACUGUAUCAGUGUUACAUUUGUGACAGGAAACACACUUAUGAUGAUUAACACAGCCCU